AUGGCUCCUUAUGAGGCCUUGUAUGGGCGAAAGUGUCGCAGUCCUACUUGUUGGAGCGACAUAAGUGACUCGUUAGUAUUGGGACCAGACUUGAUCCAAGAUAUUGUUGAGCGAGUAAAGGAGAUUCAGGCUAAAAUGAAGGCUGCUCAAGACAGGCAGAGGUCUUAUGCAGACUUGCGUCGGAAGCCUAUUUCAUUCACCGUUGGGGAUAAGGUGUUGUUGAAGGUGUCUCCGAUGAAGGGAGUGGCGAGAUUUGGGCAAAAAGGCAAGUUAAGCCCGAAGUAUGUUGGCCCUUAUGAGAUUCUCGAGAGGAUUGGGGAGGUGGCUUACAGAUUGGCUAUGCCCCCUGAGUUGUCGAGGGUGCACGAUGUGUUCCAUGUGUCGCAGUUGCGGAGGUAUCGCAGCGAUCCGUCUCAUGUCAUUCGUAUAGAGUCGGUCUUUAUUGAGCCGAACAUGACUUUUGAGGAGCGACCUGUUCAGAUCUUGGACCGUCAGAAUCGUGCCCUGAGAAGGAAGGCGAUACCUUUGGUUAAAGUGCUCUGGAGAAGCCAAAAGUACGAGGAAGCCACUUGGGAGACGGAAGAGUCGACGAGACUCAAGUAUCCCGAGCUUUUUGUCUCAUGUAUUUCUUUGUUAUUUUAA